AGCAGCCUCAGCUGGGGUCUCUGCCUACUGCCCAGGAGCCCUGUCCCAGCUCAGCACUGAGCCUUCAGUCUGUGCCCAGGCGAGUCUGUGCCUCGCCACCAGUCCAGCCUCUGGCUCUAUGUCCUGGAUGGACUUUGGACUUACGCUGUAGCCUUUGUCUCCAGCACCAUCUCCUGCUGCCCCUGGGCUCACUGAGUGGACCCUGGACCUGAUUCCUCCACUGAAUGGGGCACUCUGUGAACACUGCUUUGCCCACUUGGUUCAGGUCUGCUGGGACCAAACCCUGGACCCUGAGAGCACUGCCUGUGCUGCAAUCAUCCUGCACUCCUAGCUCAUACCCUUAAGGAAUGUUCAUGCUCCUGCUGUUUCAGAUAAGAAUUUGUAUUAGAAUUUUUUUUUUUCCUUUGUUGUCUUUAGGCAGCAGCAAUGGAAAAGCACUGUCUCUACACACCCAAAAAUGCCUCCUUGUGAUUUUGUACCCGAAAAAUACAAAUCCUAUCCAUAUGAACAUAUUCAGAAGAUUCGUGAACAAAAUAUUUCACCUUCUCUCCGAAUGUACUACAAGAAACCAUUGUUACUGCAUCAAGGACAUAUGCAGUGGCUGUUUGAUUAUGAAGGACGAAGGUACCUUGAUCUCUUUGCUGGAAUUGUCACUAUCAGUGUUGGUCACUGUCACCCAAAGGUAACUGUGGCUACCCAGAAACAGCUUGCUCGCCUGUGGCAUACCACUAAUAUCUACAUGCACCCAUCAAUCCACGAAUAUGCUGAAAAAUUAGCUUCUCUUUUUCCAGAUCCACUUAAGGUGGUCUUUUUAACCAACAGUGGGUCAGAAGCCAACGAUCUGGCUAUGUUCAUGGCAAGGCUGCAUACUCAUAAUUUUGACAUCAUCUCUUUCAGAGGAUCUUACCAUGGAUGCAGCCCGUACACGCUGGGAUUAACAUCUAUUGGUCCUUAUAAGCAUGGUGUUGCCAAUGGCUUUGGCUGUUCAACAACAAUGUUACCAGAUGUUUUUCGUGGUCCAUGGGGAGGCAGGCAUUGUAGAGAUUCUCCAGUGCAGACUCUUCGAAAAUGCAGCUGUUCAAAAGGUGUAUGUCAUGCAAACAACCAGUACAUUGAACAGUUCAAAGAUACUCUCAAUACCUCGGUGCCGAAGACAAUAGCUGGAUUUAUUGCUGAACCAAUUCAAGGUGUUAAUGGAGCUGUUCAGUAUCCAAGAAGUUUCUUAAAGGAAGCUUACCAGCUAGUACAGGAGAGAGGGGGCGUUUGUAUUUCAGAUGAAGUGCAGACAGGAUUUGGACGGACAGGCAGCCAUUUCUGGGGAUUUCAAACACAUGAUGUAGUCCCUGACAUUGUUACUUUGGCAAAAGGAAUCGGUAAUGGCUUUCCAAUGGCAGCUGUUGUUACAACAAAAGAGAUUGCAAAUUCCUUGGCUCAAAACCUUCACUUUAAUACAUUUGGAGGAAGCCCUUUGGCAUGCGUAGUUGGAGCUGCAGUUCUUGAUGCUAUUGAAGAAGAUGGUCUACAAAAGAACAGUAGGGAUGUGGGAACAUACAUGUUACUGGAGCUGGCUAAACUACGGGAUAAAUUUGAGAUUGUUGGAGAUGUCCGUGGGAAGGGACUUAUGAUUGGAGUAGAAAUGGUGACAGAUAAGCACAGUCGCCACCCUCUUCCAGCUGAAGAAAUCAAUCAGAUCUGGGAGGACUGCAAAGACAUGGGAGUUCUUUUAGGUAGAGGAGGGCUCUACAAUCAGACAUUUAGAAUUAAACCUCCUAUGUGCAUAACUAAGAAGGAUGUUGACUUUGCUGUGGAAGUAUUUCAUACUGCAUUACAGAGACACAUGGAAAGAGCUGCAAAAUAGACAAGUUUCCCUAUGUGAGGUGCAUGCAGAGGCCCUGAUGCCAUCAGGCUGCACUAAUCUACACUGGA